UGCCUGGCUUCAACUAUUUUUGUUGCUUUUUUCUGCAAAGUUAAACUGAAGGUGUUUAUUUUGAACCGUUUAAUAUUGCGUGUUAACCUAAAUAAAUAAUUUAAAUUAUAUGUAAAUAAGUGAAUUAUGAAGUGUCGAUAGGGCUUCUGACAGAUUAUUAGUACAGAAAUCAGUGAGUUAUUUAACAGCUGCUUGUAUCUAUAGGCUGCAGUUCAUGGCGCUCAGGGCUUUCAGGUUUGUGGUGAAUGGACACUUCAGAUUAAGGAGCAGCUUGGCUCGAUAUGAGGAGCUGAGUUUAAUCACCGCUGGAAGACUGUGUUACAGCUCUGCUGCUUCUGACCAUCCAACACAGACAGGUCAGACAGUGGUCACAGAGAGGAAAGGUGUGGUGGUCACUGUGGGGAUUAACCGGUCAGAGGUGCGUAAUGCGGUGAACCAGGAGACCGCACAGAGGUUAACCAAGGAGCUUUCAGCCUUCGACCAGGACGACACCCUCAGUGUGGCUGUGCUGCAUGGAAUAGGAGGAAACUUCUGUGCGGGAUAUGAUCUGAAGGAGCUUUCGCAGGAUGCUGCUUCUGUCAAGUUGGAGCAAGAUGUUUCUCAAGGUCCUGGUCCAAUGGGUCCCUCUCGAAUGAGACUGUCCAAGCCACUGAUUGCAGCAGUGAGUGGUUUUGCAGUGGCCGGUGGUUUUGAGCUGGCUCUGUUGGCAGAUAUCAGAGUGGUGGAAGAGAGUGCAAUUAUGGGAGUUUUCUGCCGCAGAUUUGGUGUGCCGCUGAUUGAUGGAGGUACAGUGCGUCUGCCGGCGCUGAUCGGUCUUUCCCGGGCUCUGGAUCUUAUUCUCACUGGAAGACCUGUAGGAGCUCAGGAAGCCCUGGCAUACGGACUGGCAAACAGAGUUGUGCCAGAUGGACAAGCUUUACAGGCAGCUGUUGAACUUGCUGAGCAGAUCAGCUCCUUUCCUCAGCUCUGUCUCCGGGCUGACCGCAACUCCGCCUACCAUUCUACUUUUGACUCCUCCUCCUUUACUGAGGCUAUGCAGUUUGAGAUGGAUCAUGGCCAGCCAAUCAUCUCAGCUGAAUCUGUGAAAGGGGCAGGGAGGUUCGCUGCUGGCGCUGGUAGAGGUGGAAGGUUCUUUGAAUCAGAUCAGAAAUAGUAUGUUUCAAAAAACAGUCAUAGUAAAUAAUUGUAAUAAUGUGUCCUUUUGAAGAAAUCAGCAAAAAUUCUGUCUGUAAUGGUCUGUUUCCAGGAUUUAGGAUUUGUUUACGAGGUGAGCAGUUAAAGGAGUGUUUAAGUAGCAAAACCGACCAAAAACAACCAAAACUUGUGGCGUAUUGCAAAAGUAAUAUUAAUAAUAAUAAUAAUAAUAAUAAUAAUAAUAAUAAUAAUAAUAAAACACACAAAAAUAGGCGUGAUUGCUUAAGCUAUACUAUAUCCUGAAAACCUGUAAAUCAAUGAAUAAAUCCAUCAACAAUCCUUUUAGAGUAAAGUCUUACAUAUAAUUAAGCCAUUCUCUUUUUCACACACCCAGGAAAGCAUUUAAAUAAUUGUUUUUACUUUCUAUAGUUAUUUAAACCAUCCAUAUUAAUUGUUCAUAUUAGUAGUCAAGCAAUUGACUUAAAGAAAAACUACAAAUUACAGAGGGUCAAAGAACUUUCAACUUGCUUCAGACUUGGAUAAAAUCCCUUCCAGGAAAAAGGAAGAGAUGUACAGAAACUGGGAAUCUUACAAGAUUAAACUGAAUGACUGCCAAACACAUACACAAUAUUGUUGUAAUAAAAACUACAAAACUUAUCUUCAGUUGUUUACAUCUUACUCCCCUCAUUGAAUAUUAGUGCAUCAUGUCAAUUAUGUCUACUGUGUCAAAUGUUGUAAAAAUGAUGGAAGUGUAUUUGCUUGACUUCUCCUUCCAGAUCUUUUUACUUUAAGCUGAAAAAUUAAAAAUAAAUGUUCAUGUUCUACAGAGA